UUAAUUGAAGCUGAAACUUUUUUAAAUAAUCAUUCCGUUAUUAAAGAAGCAUUCCGUCAAUUUUCAUCAAGUCCCGAUGGCUAGCUACGUUGAAAACAUCUACAUCUCAGCGACUUGUUGUCUUUGCUUUUUCUUGGUGUUGAAGGCAUGGAAAAAAAGACAUCUUUACUACUGGGCUUUUAAAGUAAAGGGACCUACCCCUUUCCCCAUAGUUGGAAGUUCGUAUGUCCUUUUCGGCCACACUCAAAACAUUUUGAACACUUUUAUGCGUCUAAAAAUCAAAUAUGGGCGUUUUUACAAACUCUGGAUGGGCUCUGAACUAUACUUCGUGGCUACAAAGCCUGAACACGUCAAACUAAUUCUCAAUAGCUGUUCCGAAAAAAUGUUGACUAUGAAGUUCUUGAAUCCGGUUUUCGGAAAAGGACUUCUUACUUUACCAGUUUCCGAGUGGAGGAUGCACCGAAAGUUCUUAGGAGGAACCCUAAACCAGCAAAUUUUAAACUCAUACGUCGACACUUUUGCUACUUACUCAAAAAUCUUGGUCAAAAAACUCGAAGAAAGUCUCGACAAGGGUUUCAUUGAUACGUUUCCAAUCUUUGCGCUGUGCAUGACGGAUAUUCUUUGUGGUACAACCAUGGGUGCUGAUUUGGAAUGUAUGACGAACAAUGGGCCCGAUUUGAUUCUAUGGACAGCGAGAUUGGGAGAACUUGGUUGUUUGCGCAUAGCCAACAUCUUCCUUUACCCCGAUUUUCUGUGGAACUUGUCGUCUUUUGCAAGAGAAACGAGUGCUAUAUUAGAAGACGUUCACCGCUUGGUGGAUAAAAUCGUCAGUCCUAAAAGACGUGAAAAGUCGUACCUCGACGAGCCAAAUUUUUUGAACCACAUGUUAAAAUUGGAACAAAGUGAACCAACAUGGGACGAACAAAUGACCACUGAAGAAACCCAAGCAAUUUUAAUAGCAGGUGCUGAUGCAACUGCGCUCACACUAGGGUACGUUCUCAUCCUCCUAGCAAUGCACCAGAAGACACAGACUCAAGUAUUCGCAGAACUAGAUUUUGUUUUUGGUGACAGCGAAAGGGACGUCACUGUGGAAGAUUUACAACAUCUACCACUCCUCGAACGUGUCAUUAAAGAAACCUUGAGGCUUUUCCCGGUUGCUCCGAUAGUCGGACGACAUCUUUACGAAGAUCUUGCUAUAGAUGACGUCGUCCUUCCAAAAGGUAGUUCAGUUUAUAUCCCCAUUCUUUGCAUCCAUCGAGACAGUAAAGUGUGGCCUGACCCUCUCAAAUUUGACCCAGACAGGUUUCUACCGAGUGAAACCGUCAAAAGGCAUCCGUUCGCGUUUGUACCCUUUAGUGGUGGUGCUCGAAAAUGUCUAGGACCUAAGUAUGCCAUGAUGUCGUUGAAAACCGUUUUGGCGACAAUUUUAAGACACUACAAAGUCGUUGCAACCAGUUAUAAAGAAAUUUCUGAGAUUGAAAUAAAGGUAGACGUGUCGGCUAGGUGUCUGAAGGGACAAAAUGUUAUACUAGAAAAAAGAUCUUUGUAAAGUCAUAUAUUUACAACAAUUUACAUUCUAAUAUUUAACGCGCCUUCCUACAAACACAAUUAUCCCUUUGUAUUUAAUAUAGAAUAGAAAAGGAUGGUCAGCAACCACGGUGUGCUGCUCAGUA